AUGCCAAAGCGAAAAAGCAACGACGGUACGCUUCUAGAGCAAUCCAAACGGCAAGCAAUUGACUCUAAUGAAGCCAGUGAAAAAAGGUUUGAAAGCUAUUGCUUGCCAAGCAAUGCCGGGAAAGCGACAUUCGACGCAUGUACCCACGAUCUACGACAGUUAAAUUACCAAGGCGCGAUUUCAAAAGCAACUUUGGGUAUACAUGAUAUGCUCGACAGUUUACUUGCCCUACUCGACAUGCGUGCAUUAACGUACAGCAAGACAAUGCAAAUCGACAAAGGGCUUGAGGACGCUCAGCAAAUAAUUACAUACGCACCAACAGCAGCUGCAGGAUAUCUACGAGCCGGCUCACUGUAUACGCUAAACAGCAAAUACCAAGAAGCCAUGCAAGUGUAUGAGCAAGGGCUAGCUGCCGUGCCGGAACAAUUCUCACACGUACACGCAAAACUCCAAGAAGGUUACAAGACGGCCAAGGCACGGAAGGAUCGACGCAUAGACUAUAUUACGAGAUUGCCUUUCGAUAUUGCCUGUCAUGUCAUGGAUUACCUUCCAACGCACACUUUACUGCAAGCACUCGGCGUGUGCCGCGAAUGGCGUGAUCGUCUCAGGUCUUAUGGAAAGGUCUGGACACAUACCCAGCUUUCAUCUUAUUUGGCAGCAAAUACCUUGGAUUUUGACAUUGCUAAUUUGGCCUGCGUGAGUCAGCAUAUUAUACGACUGGAUCUUUAUGACCUCAACAACCAAUACUGCGAGAAAAUGUUUAUGAUGAUGAUGAAGGGUAACUACAGGAAAAUCAAGACUUUGAAAUUCACACUUUGCACUCUGGAUAAUUAUGGCCGCUGUAUGGUUGCCUUAUGGCAGCUGAAGGAUACCUUGCAAGAAUUACAUUUUUCCAUGGAUCGGGAUAGCCCGCUAGUGCCACUUGGGGUGGUUCUUUCAACGUGUCAAAACCUGACUGCUCUUCGAUGCAUACAGUGCUAUACAGCGCCCACGGCUCAAGCACUCGGCAGCUUCCCCACCGAACCCAUCAAUUCAUUAGUUGAUUUGGAGGUGUCCUUUAAAUCGAUGUCAGCCCCUUUACUCGACCAACUGCUCCGCUGUUGCCCUCGGUUACGGCAGUUGUCAAUUCGAAACUGUGUACCACAAGCGGCUCGGAUUGUACGUAAUCGCUGCCCGGACCUAAGAGCUUUGGGUCUCAACACAAUGGUUAGCGUACUACUGGAGCAGAAACAACAAGUAUUUGCGCCAACAGGAUGUGCUGGAAUUCGACAUUUAGCCAUCUUUUUAGCGGGUGAUGAGGAUCUACUGGAGCACUUACAGUAUUUGGUCGAAAACGCACAUGUGCUGGAGACGUUAUCUUUGAUAUGCCCAAGGUCUGCUAUCAUAAAUGGAGCAGCGACGGCGCAUUGGCAGGUUUUGACGCCACUCAUGUUCCACAACCUGCGAACGCUAUCGAUCUCCUUUACCGACGAUUACAAUCGACAAGUGGUUCCCAACGUGCUCAGACAUUGUCCCAACCUACAGGAACUCUCUUUUUCGACGUGUACAUUUGUUGACUCGGACGUUUUUGCUGCUAUCCAGGAUCUACAUAGACUGGAGAAAUUGGUGUUGGACGAUAUCACCCUAGUAGACGAAGAUGGUAUCACUUUAAUGUUCGAAGCCUUCGGGAACCGCUGUCGACAACAGCAAGAAGGAUGCCAGCACAUUGACUUACGGACAAUCGAUAUAUCAGAUUGUGCAUUUUCGUUCACGGAUGCAAUGCUACGAGCCCUUGCCCGAAUUCCAUCACUGCAUCACAUGAACUUUAAUAACCUUGAAUGUACGGAUGAGGGUGUGUUCGAACGGUUCACAAAAACGCUCCGAGAACAGUCGACUAUCCGCACCAUCAUCCUUUCUGGCAUCGACUGUGCAACCAAUGAAGCUCUCCAGCACCUUAAUGCGACCAAAAGCCUAACAGGGAUUGAAUUAUAUGGUCUGAAAAACGUUACGCAGGAAGGUGUUGAAUGCCUUUACGCCAAUAGCAAAAUAUCAAUAUUUAUAGAUUUGUAA